AUAAGAAAUGGGCUUUGGUUAGAUAGACAGACUCCUAGCUCCGGUCAGCCGUCAAAAUGUCCAAAGAAACUCUGGUUCUCUGGCUGGUGAUUGAGUUUUGGGGGCUUUAUCUGACACCAGCCACAUCAGAGAUUGUUGUGAUGGGGUUUUUGGGUCAGCCCGUGACUUUGCCCUGUCUGUACCCAUCCUGGUCUCAGGACAGCAACAGCAUGUGCUGGGGGAAAGGCCAGUGCCCCAACUCCGGUUGCAACGAGGAGCUCAUCCACACCGAUGGAAUGCGGGUGACCUCAAGAAGGUCAGAAAAAUAUAGACUUUGGGGGACUCUCCAGAGAGGCAAUGUCUCCUUGACCAUCUUAAAUCCCAGUGAAGGUGACAGCAGUGUUUACUGCUGCCGCAUAGAGGUGCCUGGCUGGUUCAACGAUGUAAAGUUACACAGGCGUCUGCAGCUACAGAGAGCCCCGACAACCACGAGUAGAACAACCACCACACACAGAACAACCACCACGAGCCCCACCACCCCACAAAUGACAACCUCCACAGCUGCACUGCCAACAACAGUCGUGACCACACCCGAUCUCACAGCCAGAACACCACUUCCAACCACAACCAUCGCCGUCCUCACAACAGCAGACGCGUGCCCUUCACCACCCCCAAGCACCCUUCCAGAGGCAGCCACAGGUCUUCUGACUCCCGAGCCUUCUAAGGAAGGGCCCAUCCUCACCACAGAAUCUGAAACUGUCCUCCCCAGUGACCCCUGGAGUAAUGCGGAGUCUACUUCUGCAGACACUGUCCUGCUGACAUCCAAAGAGUCCAAAAUUUGGGAUCUCCCAUCAACAUCCCAUGUGUCAAUGUGGAAAACAAGUGACUCAGUGACUUCUCCUCAGCCUGGAGCAUCUGAGAGAGCAGUUCCUGAGCAAAACAAAACAACACAAACAGGACAGAUGGAUGGAAUGCCCACACUCACGAAGAAUGAGAUACUCACCUCCCAACUACUGAUGAUCAUCGUCCCCUCCUUGGGAUUUUUGCUGUUGGCAUUGCUCGUGGCAUUUAUUUUCAGAGAGAAACUCAUGGAAAUCAAUUGUUUGCAGAGGCACACAAGGCUAGGCAGCACUGGAGAUAGUAAAAAUGUCCUCAAUGACACGCGGCAUGGAAGUGAAGACGAAGACGGCCUUUUCACCCUCUAACAUGCUACUUUUCGUUAGGCUUGAGAAUGGGGGCAUGACAAUUGAAGUGUCAAAAUAAAUCUUAGUAGGUUUAUUUUUUUGUUUGUUUGUUUCAUAAAAAAGACUCACUUAUCCCGUGGAUGUCAUUGAUACAGUCUUGCUUUCGUUUUUCACAAAUCAAAGGUACUUUAGAGACCGCA